UGCUCUGCGCAGAUCUUUCUGGCUUGUCUAAGCAACAACGCUUCAGAAUCCGAUUGUAGGUGGUGUGCACCGUUAACAGAACGAACCAAGGCUACCGCACAGACUAAAGACAGCUGCCAAGGAAGCUAUCAAAGCCAUCGUGGGGGCAGACCUGGGCGCGCCUCAAGCCGCGCAGAAGAUUGAUGUGCAGUUGGCAAACUUCCGCUUGGCUCACGGAUCCGGUGGAGACGAGCGAGUGCCCAUUCCCAUCGGUUGCCCAGUUAGGAGAGACGUCGUGAACAAGGCAAAGUGCAGGGCGAGGAAGCGUGUAGUACGUUAGCCUACCAGCGGUGGAGGCUAAGUUACAGUAGCCUACGGUUGCUUAGAGCGGCGUAACCACUCUGUCACAUGCGGUCGUCUGAAGAAGGCGAGAAAAAAUUGAACGAAAGAAGAGGAAACCCCUCAGAUAUUUCAAAGGAGUGGGAGUUCAAAUUCGACACGCUACAUCAGUAAGAUGGCGCAGGUGAGCGAUCAGCAGGCGCAGGUGCAGCGCGACCUGGCGGAUCAGAACUUUGACUACAUGUUCAAGCUGCUGCUCAUCGGUAACAGCAGCGUGGGCAAGACCAGCUUCCUGUUCCGCUACGCCGACGACUCCUUCACCUCCGCCUUCGUCAGCACCGUGGGCAUCGACUUCAAGGUCAAGACCAUCUACCGCAACGAGAAGAGGGUCAAGCUGCAGAUAUGGGACACAGCUGGUCAGGAGCGGUACCGCACCAUCACCACGGCGUACUACAGAGGAGCCAUGGGCUUCAUCCUCAUGUACGACAUCACCAACCAGGAGUCCUUCUACGCCGUGCAGGACUGGGCCACCCAGAUAAAGACGUACUCGUGGGAUAACGCCCAGGUGGUGCUGGUGGGAAACAAGUGUGACCUGGAGGACGACCGACUGGUGCCCACAGAGGAUGGACAGAGACUAGCCAGCGAGCUAGGCUUCCAGUUCUUCGAGGCGAGUGCGAAGGACAACAUAAACGUGCGUCAGUCCUUUGAGCGGCUGGUGGAUGUCAUCUGUGAGAAGAUGAACGACAGCAUGGACAGAGAGCCCAGCCCCGUGGCCAAUCACAAGGGCCCAAACCUGCAGGACACGCCCCCCGCCACACAGGGAGGCUGUGCCUGCUGAACACACACGCGCACACACACACACACACACACACACACUUAUACAUACACUUAUACACACACACACACACACACA